UGAUGCUGCGGGGGAGGGGAGAGUCAUUGCAGGGUCUGGACAAAAGCCCAGUUCUGCUAGAAGCUUCUGGGAGCCGUGGCCUGGUCACAUCCUCAGACCGAGGGCCAGUCACCGGAAACCUGAGACUCUCUGGGGACUCUCUCUGUGUGUCAUCCACAUCUGGUGUCGGGUUCCACAAACUUUCUGAGCCACCCCGUGCCCGACCCUGUACUGGAUGGUGCUGGGAACACAGUGGUGACCAGGAUGCCCCAGUCCUGCCCUCCUGAGGCUCACAGUCCAGUGGGGGGACAGACCUAUCCCCAGACAGUGCUGAGAGAGUCCAGAGGGCACUACAUGACCUAGCUUGGGAGCCUGGGAGGGCUUCCUAGAGGAGGUGGAGCUGUUGGGCAGGCAAUGAAAUAGAGCCAGGCAGAGGGAAGCGGCAAUAUGCUGGGUGGAUGCAAGUGAGACUAUGAAGCUAGUCAAGUGGGCAGGGGGCAGGCCAUGCAGGGCCUGUGGGCUGCCGUUAGAAGCUUGGGCUCUCUCCUGAGGGUACUGGGAAGCCAUGGCAAGUUCAGAGCAGAGGACGGGGAGAGGCAGGCAUGUGUUUUAGACAGACCCUCUGGCCACCCUGUGGAGAGAGGAUGGGAGUGAGCAGGACCAGGGCCAGAGACCAGAAAGUGGAGGCACGGGGUAGCCAGGACCUCCAGGGCGGCAGGGCUCCAGGGAGGGAGAGAAAGGUAAGUGCAGAUUUUAAGAGGCAGGAGCUAUAUAGGAUGUGGUGCACUGGGGAAGGAGGGGGGCCAUCAGGGAUGAGGCCCAGGUAGCUCUGUCCUGGUGAUAGGGUGGCACCUUGCCCAAUUCAAGGACCAGGAGGGACAGGUCUAGGGGAAGAUCCUGAGGUCAGUCUGGGACGAGGUGAGUGAGAAGUGCUCAGGGACAUCCGGGGGAGGCAUCCUGGAUGACACUGGGACAUGGUCCCAGGGCUCAGGGGAGAGGGCUGGGCCAGUACAGGCAAGGGUGAGGUGAGGUCAAGGGUAGGGGGGGCCAGAGGUCCCAGAUCACCUGGCCUCACCUGUUCCCUCCCACCUCAUUUUUUCCUCCUCUCCCCCCUCACCUCCUCAGAGCCCUGCCCUUCGAGGGCAAACCAGGACACAGAGUCGGAGAAAACCAGGACAGCUGAGCCACAUUAAUGGCCCCCUGUCCGGAAGCACCAGGACCAGAAGCCAUCAAGAUAUCAAUAAUAAUAACAUACCUGUCACGAGCGCUCUCUCGGCUCCUUCUCCACACGGUCUCUGUCCAAUGUCACGUUCUCAACACCCUCCUCCAAUUUAAAAUCACAAUCCCCCCUUUCUGGCUUUAUUUUUCCCAAUAGCACUGAUCUCCAUUUGACAUGGAAAAUGUUUUUGUUUGUUCCACUAAUGUCUGCCCCACGGGCAGGAAUUUUGUCUGUCUUGUACACAGCUGUAUCCUUAGCAUUGUUCCCUGCCUCCAUGAUCCUGGUCAAGUGCUCAGUGAAUCCACAUUCAAUCAUUUGUCAAAUACUUAUUGAGCACGUAAACUGUGUGCCAUGCCAGGCACCGGGGUAAGCACUUCACAUAUGUUUACUUCUCUAACUCUUAUAACAGCUCUAUGAGGUGGGUACUGUUACUUCUCCAUUUUACAGAUAAGGAAACUGAGGUCCAGCAAGUUCCAUAACUCGCCCAGGAUCAUAGAGGUAGGGAACAAUGGAGCUACAUCCAGAGCCUGCACUUUUAAUAACAGUAACACCAAUCAGACCUCAUGUUUGGACCCCAACAUGACAUGUGGCAUCUCCUAACUGCUCUCAAUCUCUCAACUGCUCUCAGUGGGUCUAUAAAAACCAAAAAACCCAUUGAAGUCGAUUCCAGUUCAUAGCAACCCCAUAGGACAGAGUAGGACUUCCCCAUAGGGUUCCCAAGGAGCGGCUGGUGGAUUCGCACUACAGACCUUUCGGUUUGCAGCUGAUCUCCUAACCACUGCUCCACCAGGGCUCCCAAUGGGUCUAUACCAUCCCAUUUUGCAGAACGGUAAAUGGAGACUCAGCAAAGGGCUGUCCCCAGCCCCAUUUCCAUAGUGGGUAAAUGCAGAGCCAAGGUCGAAACUUGGGUCUUUGUGACCUCAAAGCCUCCACAUAUACCCAUUUGGCAGAUGGGGAAAACGAGGCCACAAGAGGGGAAGAGAGAGAAUGUAGAUUUCUCAGCACUUUGCAUGGGACCGACUAAGAAGCAGAGCCUCAAGAAAGCAUGCAGCAUCCUGGCUUCCUUUUCUGAAAGGAGUUGUCUGGAUUCGGAAAUGGAGCAAGGUUCAAAUCCCCUUGCUCUGCAGGACUCGGGCAAGUCACAGUCUCUGCCUGGUGCUUCAAUUUCCCCAUCCUCAAAGGGGGGUUCUAACAGCACCCACCUCAUAGGGUUGUUUUGACAUCCACUGAAGUGACACCUGUAUGUCACCUGCAGCAUUGAGGCUGAGGACAUGGCAGCCACCGUUUACAGGUUUUAUUCCUUGGUGACCCCCAGGCUCACCAGUGAUGUCAAGGCCUAGGCCAACCAUAAAAACUGCCCUAAAAUCUUCCCCUGCCCCGCCUCCUCCUGCCCCACCAACCUCGUUCUUCUCCUGGUACCAAAUCCGGGCCCUCGGCACAAAGAGGGUUAGGCAGCCGCCCCAGGAGGCAUGGCCAGGUCAUGCCCCCUGGCCCGUGCCUGCCACACCCGCCCUGGUGCCCGAAAGGGGCCCCAGAUCCUCGGUGACUCGAUCCCUCCAAAUUCAGGUGAUCUCCGCCCGCUCCAAAUCGCCGAACCCUCCCAGGUCCCCCGCCAGAAGGAGCCAAGCCCCAACCAGAAAGGGUCUCGGAGCACCUGAACACAGACUCGACUCCAGACCCAGGUUUGGGGCAAAAGAUGGUGCCGACCGGGUACAACUGGCUUCUCCUCGGUGGUGAGCAAGAAGGCGCCCCCCCCAGCCCCUUGGCCCCCUCUGGCCUCAGGGUGGGGAGGGGACCACCAGCCAGGGAAAGGGAAGGUGUGAGCCCAAAUCCCAGCGUGCUGGGGUGGGAGGGCAGCUCUGCUUUACGCAGGCACUGGGUGCCUGUCCAAGAGGCACCAGCGUGGGGCAGGCCAGGGAGGGCCACCCAGAGAGAUUUGCGGGGUGGUCUUUGGAGGUUUCUAAGACUGGAAUGUGAGUCCGAGCCACAGGGCCACCGUUGUCCCUUCAUUUUCUGGUAAACCCUUAUUGAGCACCAGUUCUAGAAACCUUGACCAGGGUGAGUUCUAAGCAGCAGCUCCAGCCCAGCCGGAAGAUGAGGCUUUGGGCAGUUAGUUGCCUUCCCCUUCUUGGACUCAGUUUCCUUGUCUAUGAAAUAGGCCUAACUCACAGGGUCCUUCUGAGGUCACUGUAACUAGCAUGUAUUAGCACUUUUACUGUGUGCCUGGAGCUGUUCUAAGUUUUCUACAUGUUAACAACCACCCUAUGAGGUAGGCCCCCUUCUAUCCUCCCCACUUCACAGAUGAGAAAACUGAGGUUUAUCCAGAGAGGUAAAGUCACUGGUCGGGGUCACACCACCAGGAAGUGGUAGGGUUGAUCACCAGACCCAGAGCCCACACUCCUGGUCACGCUCCAUCAGCCUGGAAAGUACCAGAAACCAUGACAGGCAUGUAAGCGCUUCCUACACGAGAAUUGCUACAGCUACUCAUUCCAGACAACCACACACUAUCCAGACCAAGCAGCCCUGACCAGCUCAUGGGGUUCGGGCUUAUCUGUGGGGUUGAGAAGAAAAAGGGUGGAGUGCAUUCGUCAGAGCUGUACUUUCUGCUCUGUGGAGCCUGGAAAGCGGCCUUCCUGAGUGCCAGGGCAGAGAUUUCCAUCACCCCUGAGCCUGCCCAGCCGGUCGAGGGGGACAACCUCACGCUGGUCGUGCAUGGACUCUCAGGGGAGCUGCUCGCCUACAACUGGUACGCGGGGCCUAUGCUCAAUGUGGCCUACCUGGUGGCCAGCUACAUCGUGAGCACAGGCGAUGAGACCCCUGGCCCAGUCCACACGGGGCGAGAGGCUGUGCGCCCCGACGGUAGCCUGAACAUCCAGGGCGCCUUGCCUGGGCAUUCAGGCACCUACAUCCUGCAGACCCUCAACAGGCAGUUUCAGACCGAGGUGGCCUACGGACACGUACAGGUCUAUGAGAUCCUGGCCCAGCCGGUGGUCAUGGCCAACAGCACAGCACUGGUGGAGCACCGAGACACCCUGCGCCUGCUAUGCAGCAGCCCCAGCCCCGCCCAGGUCCGCUGGUUCUUCAACGGUGGGCCCCUGCCCGUCUCCGUCCGCCUGGGCAUGUCCCCCGACGGUCGAGAGCUCACCCGGCGUGGCAUCCGCAGGGAGGAGGCUGGGGCCUACCAGUGUGAGGUCUGGAACUCGGUCAGUGUCAGCCGCAGCGAGCCCAUCAACCUGACCGUGUACUAUGGCCCAGAACGUGUGGCCAUCCUUCAGGAUUCCACCACCCUUACGGGCUGCACCAUCAAAGUGGACUUCAACACGUCCCUCACCCUGUGGUGCGUGUCCCGGUCCUGCCCGGAGCCUGAGUACCUAUGGGCUUUCAACGGGCAGGCCCUAAAGAAUGGCCAGGACCAUCUCAACAUCACUAGCAUGACAGCCUCCCAGGAGGGCACAUACACGUGUAUUGUGAAGAACCCCAAGACCCUGCUCUCUGGCUCUGCCUCAGUGGUGGUCAAGCUCUCUGCGGUGGCAGUUGCCACAAUGAUCGUGCCCGUGCCAACCAAGCCGACGGAGGGCCAGGACGUGACCUUGACUGUGCAGGGCUACCCCAAGGACCUGCUGGUCUAUGCCUGGUACCGAGGGCCUGUCUCUGAGCCCAACCGGGUGCUCAGCCAACUGCCGUCGGGGAACUGGAUUGCAGGCCCCGCACACACGGGCCGCGAGGUGGGCUUUGCCAACUGCUCGCUGCUGGUGCAGAAGCUGAACCUCACGGACGCCGGCCGCUACACACUCAAGACCAUCACCCUUCAGGGCAAGACCGAGACGCUGGAGGUGGAGCUGCAGGUGGCCCUCCUGGAGUAGUGGUGUUGCCGUGGAGAUCUCCGGAGAGAAGAGCUCCUCAUGCCAUCCUCCCCAUCUCCUCCCUGCUCCAGCGAGGAUGCCAGGCCAUGGUCCCGCUGUUCUCCAGCUUCCACCCUAGAGUUAGAGCCCACAGGGCCUACUCCUCCCCUGAGCUGUCGGAGAGCCACCGAGGCCAUAAACAUUCUGGUUAAUGCAUCCGUGUGUCAGCCUUUCCUUCCACCACCUCCACCCCCACCAUUUCCUGGGAGCCACACUUCUCCCACCUGAGAUGUAUUCUCAUUCAGGGUGUAUACACUUGGGUGCCCAAAUCACAGUACUCCAAGACCCCACUGCUUGGCAUCAGGACCUCGGGCUCUUCCCAUGCCUGAGGGUCCUCUUUCCCUGGGACCAAAGGCUGCUCCUCUCUGGGACAGCAAAUGGAGCUGGGUUCUGUGGGAUACAGCCCUCUACACUGCACCUCACUCCUUCACCCGGGCUGCUUGUGCACAGAGAGUGAAGAAAUUUCUCAGUUUCAGCACCUUCUAGCCCUCACCCUUUGAGUCAAAGAUGCCCUUUCAUGUCCUGCACAACCCUAAAAAUACCUUCCUUUUCCUAUAGCCACGAAAAAGACCCUAUGAAUAAACAAAUGCAAAUGGUACAUGGGCAGGGAUGAAGAGUGGAGAGCUGCGGGGUAGAAACCAGAGACAGUCUGUCUUCUAACUCCUGUCAGCAGCAGGAUCUGAGCCUCAGGUCCCACCCAGACAAGAUGCCCCACUAGAGAGGGGUACUUGGUGUUGGUGAGAAGUGGUGAUGCCAGAACCCAGGCUUGGGGUAAGGGGUGAUGGGCAAGGAUGGAAAGGCUUAGUAGAGAGAUUUUUCAGAAACUUUCAGGACAGUCUUUCUGGGGAUGGCCAUGUUGAUAAACCUGAGGUGUCAUAGACGGCUGGAGCCAAAAAUCACAAAGUUAAGUUGGGAUGGUGGGUGGUAAGUCAGUCAUCCCUGAAAGACCCCCAGAAUGAGGGUUACAAAAUCUAGAUUAUGAUCCUACACUUGCCAUAGAUUCACUAGAGCCUCAGUUUGCCCAUCAGAAAAAAAAGUGUGUACUUGAGGUAGAUUAGAGUUUUCAAAUCAUUUUAUUAGCCUCAGAGCCCUUUGUUUAAAUGCAAAUUUACAUGGAAGAAAAAUAUAUUGUUUAAAAUAGUAAUGAAACAAAAGUAGACAUCAGGUCAAAAGAUAUAGCUCUCUUUCCCCAAAAAAUGUCUAUAUUCCUGAAAAAAGUUUUUAAAUCUAAAUAAUACUUGGAUUGCAGAGGCAAUCAAAAUGUAAAGUACCAACCAGAAUGGAAUGACAGUGAGAAUACUAUACACCAAACAUUGUGGGAUAUGGCCAAAGGUGUACUCAGAGGGAAAAUGAUAGCUUUAAAUGCUUAGGUGCAUUUAGAGUACUAAAAAACAAACAAAAAAACGUAAACAAGACAAGCUUUUUGCUCAAGAAACUAAAAAAACUUCACAAAAUAAACCCAAGAGAAAAAGAAGGUAUUAAGAGAGGUAAAUGUAGAAAUGAAUGAAAUACAAAACAAAACGUAGCUGGUCAAUAAAACCUAAAGCUGGUUCUUUGAAAAUGCCAAUGAAAUAGACAACCUUUUUUGCAAGUGUGAUCGAGAAAAAACAGAAACAAAUAAACAACACAAAUAACAAAGAGACAGAGGAGACUAAAAAUAAGAUAAAAGAAACUGGUCUGGUUGAAAUAGAAGGUCUGUCAUGUGUUGUUGUUGAUAGGUGCCAUCGAGUCGAUUCCAACUCAUAGUGACCCCAUGUGACAGAGUUGAACUAACCCAUAGGAUUUUCUAGGCUGCAGUUUUUACCAGAGUAGAUCAUCAGGUCUUUCUCUUCGGAGUUGCUGGGUGGGUUUGAACCAUCAACCUUUUGGUUAGAAACCAAGUGCUUAACUGAUGCACCACCAGGGCCUCAAUAAAUAUAUAUUGAAGGAAGAAGGUGUGGCAGACUCUGUGGAUUGCUUCCCAGGAGCCACUCCCCUCUCUUUCUUCCAUGAUGGCAGGUACUGCCUCCCACAACAGAAGCUGAAAGUGUCAGGUAUUCACUUUCCCAGCCUGCCUUGCAGCUACAGAUAGUCAUGUGACCUAUACUGGCCAAUGAAGGAGACAGAGAGGCUAAAGUCCAUCCAGUGACUCCACCCACCUUGAGAGGACCCUAACAGAGCUGUCCUACAGAGUUUGAAUCAGUGAUCUCUGAUGUGGGAUCUCUAGGCAAUGGCACAGAGAAGGGAAGCCCAAAGUGACACAACUAGGAGCUAAGAUGGAUUUCAGCCCAUACUCAACCUCAACAUCAUCCAGCCCUGAAAAUCCUUUCCCUGGAAUCUCAGGUGGCACAAACAGUUAAGCGCUCAGCUAGUAACCAAAAGAUUGGCAAUUUGAGUCCAGCAGAGGUGCCUCCGAGGAAAGACCUGGCAAUCUAAUUCCAAAAACAAAAUAUCGGCCAUUGAAAACUCUGUGGAGCACAGUUCUACUCCGACACACAUGGGGUCACCAUGAAUCAGGAUCAACUCGAGGACAACUGUUUUUUUUUUUUUUAUCCUUCCACCACCCAAGUUCACUUAAGGUCAGUGACAUAUACAGGGCUAGAGUCUAUGUAUAUCAGUUAAAAAUUCUCUUCAGUGGCUAGUAAGAAAGACUAAAAAUAACAUGGCGUAAACAACAAAGAGACAGAGGAGACUAACAUGUAAGAUAACAGAGAAACUGGUAUAUGUAAGAGUAACUUACAUGGAUGGCUCUCACGUAAAAAGCACACAGAAGCAGACUAUUCAGUGCUGAAAUUGUGGCUCCGCAGUGUCAUCAGGGACCCAGCUCUUUCUUUCUGCUCCAUCAUUCUUAGCUUAGGCCUUGAUUCCAUUCUGUCCAUGACCUCAUGGCCCAAGAUGGCUGCUGGAGCUGCAGCUGCCACAACCACAUUCCAGGUAGAAGGCAGAAAGAAGGGGAAAAAGGGCAAAAACAGUCCCAAGCCAGUUUGUGGACUAUGCCCCUUUUAAGGAACCUUCCCCAAAGUCCCACCCAGCGACUUCCACUUACAUCUGACGGGCCAGCGCUUAGUCAAGUUGCCACGGUAGCUGCAAGGUAGCUGCAAGGGAGGCUGGGAAGUACAGUCUUUUCUCUGGAUAUAUCACUGCCAACCAAACCAAACCUGUUGCCAUCCAGUCGAUUCCGACUUAUCACUGUGACCCUAUAGGACAGAUUGGAAACCCUUGUGGCGCAGUGGUGAAGAAGUGCUAUGGCUGCUAACCAAAAGGUCAGCAGUUCAAAUCUACCAGGCACUCCUUGGAAACUCUAUGGGGUAGUUCUAAUCUGUCCUAUAGAGUUGCUAUGAGUCUGAAUCGAUUCGACGGCAACAGGUUUGGUUUUUUGGUUUUAUAGGACAGGGUAGAACUGCCCCAUAGGGUUUCCAGGGAGUGGCUUAGAGAUUUGAACUGCCGACCUUUUCAGUUAGCACUGCUUCACCGCUGCGCCACCAGGGCUCCAUAUAGCUGCCAGGGUCCUGAUAUUAAGGAAGGCAGGGGAAAUGGACCCAAAGUGGGCAGCUGACAGAACUUGGGACUCCUACCUUCCCAGCUGCACAAAAUGGCUUUUCUCACAUAAACCCAAGGGGUUAAGAGUUGCAGUCGCAAAAUAUAUAUAUCAAACCCCCUGGCCAUGGAACCAAUUCCAACUCACAGCAACUGCAUGUGUUACAGAGUAGAACUGACUCCGUAGGGUUUUCUUACAGAAUCUUGCAGAAGGGGAGUAGGGGAGAGAAGAUCAGCAGGUUUUUCUCCUACGGAGCUGCUAGGUGGAUUCAAACCGCUAACCUUUCUGUUAGCUGCAGAGCACAAACCAGUUGCACCACCCAGACACCUUGUCACAGCCACAGUAGCAGGGAUGUGGGAUCACAGCUGGGGUUGUCUCGGUCCUUGCAGUGCAGAAUGAGGCCAGUAGGAGGGAGGGGAGAAGGGAAGGGGAGGCAGAUCAGGUUUCUAGGUCGAACCAGAUCCAUAUCCUUGGGGUGUGGGAGGCUCAGAUGUCCCUGGACCAAGUCUCCAAUCCCUCUGGGCAUCUCUGGGCACCUCUACUGAAUCCUCCCAGGUAGCCCAAUCCUCUUCUUUAACACUCCAGGAAAGAACAACAAUCACCACAAGAUAAUAAUAGCUCCUACAUCUCAAGGAUUGAAAAAAGAAAACCCAACCCAAAUCUGUUGCCGUCCAGUCGAUUCCGACUCAUGGCAACCCUAUGUGUUACAGAGUAGAGCUACAUUUACUCCAUAGGGUUUUCUUGGCUGUAAUUUUUACAGAAGCAGAUUGCCAGGCCUUUCUUCCAUGGCAUCACUGGGAGGGUUCAAACUGCCAACCUUUAGGUUAGUAGAUGGAUGCAAACCAUUUGUGCCACCCAGGACCUUCCAUAAGAUUACAGCCAUUGAAAACCCUACGGAGCACAGUUCUCUGAAACACAUGGGGUCGCUAUGAGUCAAAAUCGACUCAGCGGCACCUAACAACAACAAAUUGUUAUGGAAGCAGAUCACCAAGCCUUUCUUCCGAGGCACAGUGGGUGGCUUUGAACCACCAACCUUUAGGUUAGUAUUCCAGCACAAACCAUUUGCACCACCCAGGGACUUUAUCUUGAGGAUCCUUUUGUCCUUUUGCAUGCAUGAUCUCACUGAAUUCCUACAACAACCCUUAUGGGGUAGUUACUGCCAUUUCCCUCCUCAGGUGAGGAAACUGAGGCACAGAGAGAUGAAAACCUUGCUCCAGACUCCCCUGUGCCCACGGCUGCUAGGUGGAGGCACUGGUUGGUGAGUCCUCUCCAGUAGUCAGGGCAGUCAAGGGCACAGA